GUUUUUUGUUUUUUUCUUACAGCCAAGUAUCCAGAGAUAAAAUCCUUGAUGAAACCUGAUCCCAGAUUGAUAUGGAUUAUAAUUAUGAUGUUUUUCACUCAGGUGGUUGCAUUUUACUUAGUAAAAGACUUGGACUGGAAAUGGGUCAUAUUUUGGGCCUAUGUCUUUGGCAGUUGCCUUAAUCACUCAAUGACUCUGGCUAUUCAUGAAAUUUCUCACAAUUUUGCCUUUGGCCACCACAAGUCACUGUGGAAUCGCUGGUUUGGAAUGUUUGCUAAUUUUCCUAUUGGGGUUCCAUAUUCUAUUUCCUUUAAGAGGUAUCACAUGGAUCAUCAUCGAUACCUGGGAGCUGAUGGCAUUGAUGUGGACAUUCCUACUGAUUUUGAGGGCUGGUUCUUCUGUACCACAUUAAGAAAGUUUUUAUGGGUUAUUCUUCAGCCUCUCUUUUAUAGUUUCCGGCCUCUGUUCAUCAACCCCAAACCCAUUUCUUACCUGGAAGUGAUCAAUACUGUGGCUCAGAUUAUUUUUGAUAUUAUAGUUUACUACGUAUUUGGAAUUAAGUCUUUAAUCUACAUGUUGGCUGCAUCUCUACUUGGUCUGGGUUUACACCCAAUUUCUGGACAUUUUAUAGCUGAACAUUACAUGUUCUUAAAAGGACAUGAAACUUACUCAUAUUAUGGGCCUCUGAAUUUACUUACCUUCAAUGUAGGUUAUCACAAUGAACAUCAUGACUUCCCCAAUAUUCCUGGAAGAAACCUUCCAUUGGUGAGGAAAAUCGCAGCUGAAUAUUAUGACAACCUUCCCCACUACAAUUCCUGGCUGAAAGUCCUGUAUGAUUUUGUGGUGGAUGAUACCCUAAGUCCCUAUUCGAGGAUGAAGAGGCCUCCAAAAGGGCAGGAGGUUCUGGAAUAAAUAUCUUCCCAGCAAGGAGAUUCUCUCCAAAGCUUAAAAAAAAAAGCGCUGAUAAAGUGAAGUUUUUACAUUAUUAAGCUUAAAACUACUGAUGCUUAGAAGUGGCUCUGUCAAAAUUUCAAACUCAGUGGUAUGAAGAGGCGAGUUCUGACUUGAAAUAGCAGCCUGAAUUUCAUACUCGCUGUCCUUGUCCUGUGUCGUCAUCCCUGAGAGUGUCCUCCCUGUCUCUGUCACCUUGUAAGCUUAUCAUUUAAAAAAAGAAAAAAACUAUUUCUACCUGGUUAUUUUCACUCCAUAGUUUUACUUAAUCAAGACAGCUAAUAAACUGAGUCAUUAAUUAUAUUUAGUGUGCAUUGCAUCUUUGUAUGUCACUGUUUUUAUAUCAUGUAAUAUGGUCACCUAGAUAAUGGGAAAAGACAGCUGCAAAAUUCCAUUGAAGAAAAAAGUAGUUUUUAGAAGGCAUGAGUUGAUGUAGUAUAAAAGUUUGAGAU